AUGACUGUAAAAGUCAGUACGUUUAACGCCUCGAGGAAGAUCGCAGGAUUCCUAGUCUACGCUACUCUUUUCAUCAUGGCUACGACACUCAAUUUUGGGACAUGGAAUGUUUGCGGUCUAUCGACCACAUACAGGCAACACUUCGUUGCAGAGGACAUCGACAGAUAUAACUUAGACAUUUUAGCACUUCAGGAGACCAAGACACGUGAAUACUUGGAAACAACACUCCCUGGACAUCAUCGAUUGUUUUUGUUUGAUCAGAGACACGAUAGACACGGUGGACUUGGGUUUAUUGUUAACAAGCGUUUUUUGGAAUGUAUAGUAUCUCAUCAUCAGAUCAGUGACAGAGUUGUUUAUAUGGACUUUAAAUUAAGUGCUAAAAGGGUGGAUCAACCACCUUGUCAUAUCAGAAUUGUUAAUUGUUACAGCCCUACGAAUCCCAAGUCAGUUCAGAAUCCCCGAUUAGCAACUCAAUUUUACGAUGAGCUACUCGAGGCUAUCAGUGUACCUGCUAGAUUUGAAGUAUGGAUGUUAGGCGACUUUAAUGCCAAACUUGGCAAAAGAAGCCCUGUUGAUGUAGAAAAUGGUUUACAUGUGAAUAUUGGUAGACAUGGUGUUGGGAGGAGGAAUGAAAACGGUGAAAGGUUGCUACACUUUCUCACUGCUAAUGGCCUGUUUGCUGCCAACACUUCAUUCUCCCAUAGCAGCAGACAGAUUACCACACGGACUGGUUGGAUUCGGGAUCGAGCAACCAGGAAAAGUAAACCUUAUUUCCAACAGAUUGACUUCAUACUCUGCAAGUCCAGAAGCAAGGCACUGCUAACUGAUGCCAGGUCAUAUGCAGGUACAAAGCACCGCAGUGACCACAAACUUGUUGUUGCCAAGGCAGAUUUUUCGCAGCGCUUCAUUUUGUACAGGGAGAUCAGAGCAUUUCAGAAGACUUAUAACACAACAACCUUGAUUGGAAGCAAACAGGCUCAACAACAAUAUCAGCAAGAACUUCGUCAGAAACUUUAG